CGGAGCGGCGGCGUUGGAGGGCCCCGCCCCGGCGAUGGCGGCGUUGCUCGGGGACGGCGCGGUGUGGCUGCCCGGGCAGGGCGCGGUGUCGCUGCUGUCCCCGUGCGGUGCCGAGUAUCUGCCGCGCGCCCAGCGCCGCCCCCGUCGCGUGCCCUUCGCGCCCCUCGAGCACCGGGAACAGCUUCUGCAAGCUCUGGAUUUCCGGAACACAUUUGCAUCUCGCCCAUAUUUACCUUCACACGUUAUCCCUCCAGAAAGAAAAAAGAUUAUUUUCAGUGAUAUCUUAGAAGUUAAAUGGCCUGACCCUGCUACAGCUGAUCUAACAAGAUGUAUAGAGAAUGGCAUUGUGAAGAUCUCAUCAAUAGAUGGUUAUGCUCACCUUUACCUGUCAGAAUUACAGCAAGAAUUUACAGUGGAGUUCUUAUGCAAAGUCAGCCAGUCAUCUGCAACAUCCUUAUGCUCCUCUCAAAAUAACAGCAACUAUCGAACUGGGGAUCAGAAUGGAAAAUCAAAUAAAAACUCUGUUACAGAAAUGUCAUCGAAACAAAUGAGAGUAGAAAAUAAGAAGAAUGAACAUGGUUGUGCUGAAGGUCAAUACAGAGAACCAACCAAACAGAAGGACCAAAAAGACAGAGAUGGAGUCCCUGUGUUCUACACAAAUUGUUCUUAUGAAUACACAUGGGUUAGACAGCGUUGGUCUGUUUCCUCCUACCCAGAAGAAUGGAAAUACCCUUUGUUGUUGGCACAAAUAUGCUGUAACUUACAUGCUGCUAAGGAUGUAAUGAAGGCAUGUGAGAAAGACAACCAUACAUCUAUUGGAACUGAUGUUUUAAUUGACCUUGAAAAAUACAGAACAUUUUCUCGUUUACCUACAGCUUUGCCACUCAGCUGCAGAGCCCCACAUUUACAUAGGUGGACUUUCUGUGACUUCUUUCAGAAUCAAGAUACUGAGGUGUACGCAUGCCCUCAGCUAAUUCAAAUUGUAUGGUGCCAGGGUGUUUUAUAUAGAUUUAUCCACGGUAGGAGAAACAUCGCAGAAAUUUAUCCUGGUGAUGACUCAUUUUUCAAGUCAGAGGGAGCAUUAUUGGGAAACUAUUUCGUACAUUAUGCAAUCCAAAAAGGAACAAGGAAGAGAGAAGAAAAGAUGUAUUCAGUAAAAAGUCUACCUCCUGACGUACCAGGAAAUCUCUACUCUAUAGCCUCCAUUAUUACUCAGGCAACCAAGAUACUUCAGUACUGCUACAAGACUAAACUAUCGUUAUCUCAUAACUGUUAUUUCUGCUGCUGGAAAAUGGUACCUGAGACAGAUGGACGAGAAAUGUUACCAGUUUUGCUGUACAAAAAGCUUUUUCCCAGCACAGGAAGACUCUUUGUGUACUCGGAUCAUAAAGUCCAUGCUGCUUUUUGGGAUGGGAUGACCUUGAAUAUGGUCUGGGAAUUCGACUCUUCCUGUAAUAAGAUCCAGGUUAAUGAAGAUAUGGGCUGGUGUAAGUUAACUACUCCUGAUGGGGUACAGCAGCUAAUACAAAUAAGUCAUCCUGGAAUCUAUGAAAGAUACAUCAGAACAGCAAUAGAAUGGUGCAGAAGUUUGAAUGAAAGGAAGGAGAUUCCUGAGUAUACUGCACACUCUGUAACAGAAGAAAAUUGGUCUGCUGACGCUGAACUUGAAAAAAUACAGAGAUUUAACUUUUUAUUGGAUAGUAGCAAUGUUCUGGAAAGGACAUCUGCUGCAAAAAACAACCCAUCUGGUAUUACCGUCAGAAAAACAGAAAAUGGGAGUGAGCUGGAAGAAAUUGGUGAAGUGUCCAUCUUGGAGGCUUUGGAAAAAACUUCUAAAGCCAUUCAGGAUAUUGAGUCUCUGCUUGCAGCUUCUAGGAAGUGAAGCCUUAUAGCCUGUGAAGAUGUGUUCUGUAACUUCACGGGAGCUGUUGUGAUAUCUGAGGAGGCUUUGAGGUGCAA